AUGCCUACAAAACUGCGCACCGCCGUUCGCAAGAGCUUAUUUCCUCUUGCAGGGAAGCAUAGCGGUAGCAAUGUAGGCAUCGCAACAGAAGGAACGGUAUUCUAUUGCCCUUCAUGCUCAGCAUGGCGAAGACGAAUGCUGUCAACAGCCGCUACAGCCAAUAAUUACCGAACGCGCAACGGAGCAAUUCGGCAUGACUUUCACAACAACAACAACAACAACAACAAUAAUAGCGUCAACACGACGACAACGGUACGCCGAUAUCUAAGUUCGUCGGCGGCGAGGUCGAAUGGUGCAGCUGGCAUUGCCCACAUCGACGUCAACCUCAACAAGAACGUGCCCGCGCGCUAUCGAGAAUUACACGCCGCGCUCAAGGAAUUGGAGGAUGUCGCUGCGGAUCACAUCAGUUUGAGUCGAUUGCAACUUGCGCAGCGAGGAUUGGAGUCGGAGGAGCAUGUUGUUCGUGUUGCCGUGCUCGGUGUCAACGAUGCGCGUUCUACACGUCGACUUGUUAGGUUACUUUUGGCGGAUCCGUUGAGCGAGGAACAGUCGUGGGAGGAAUUGAUAGAUUCUUAUGGAAUUGAAGGGUCGAAUGGGCUGUUGAUUCGAUACGGCGAAGAAUCCAGAAUCGUGGAAAACAGUCUCUGUCCUACGAUAUCCGUAAACUCUCCUUUGUUGAAACAAGGCAAAAUCGAGUUGUUUGUGAGCACACUCGGAUCGGGACCAGAGCCGGAUAACGGGCCUGUCACUGAUGAGGCGUUUUUCGUACCUACAAUCACUCUUGAGGCGACGGAAAGCGGUGCGCAUGAAGUGAUCAGAUACCCGGUACACAAAACCAUUAUAUGUGGUGUGGGUACAGAGGGCCUGGUGGCGUAUUCUGGACUGUUGGGUCGUGCUGAUUUGAAGUCCUCGGAGAAGUUGGUGCAUGGUGCUAUUGAGUUGAAUGUUGCAGAGGCCACACAAAAAGACAGCAAAGUGACAUUUGUGAAUAUGCAAGUGGCAGAGACGGCAUUGGCCAAGUUUCGCGAAUCAGUCCAAUUCGCCUCUGAAUAUGAGCGCGGCUGGACUGCAGGCGGUGUUCAGGCAGUAGUAGACUGGCUACCUACAACUUCUAGGGCUGGACUGAGUACGGACCUGCGGACCAUCAUUCAGUCAUUGCUGGACACAGCCGAAGAAGGUGUUGUCGCGGAUGAAGCCACUCGAAGCAGGGAAUUCGAAUUGACAGACACAUCCGCCGCGACUCGGCAAAGUCUGGACCAGUCAGUCUCUAUAUGGGCUGAGCGAGCUCAUACCGAGCUUCGCAAUUCUUUGGAUGAAGGCUUCGCCAGUCGAAGAUGGAAUGGACUAUCGUGGUGGAAGCUCUUUUGGCGUGUCGAUGAUGUGGGAUCAGUCAUGUCGGAGGUCCUACAGACUAGGUUUUUGCUUCGGUCGGAGAAGGAGAUGAUUUGGACGGCUGGACGGGUUAAACAGACUGGCCUGUUGGAUGGAGCGCCCAACUCUCCGGAUCUGACUGAAGUAUCAUCAGUCAAGGAUACAGAGCAGACUGAGGCUGGGUCUACUCAAACUGAAAAUGAGACACCUCCCUGGCCAUUACAAAUCGCUACCAGUCGUCUGAACAUGCUCCGAACGACAAUCCCAUCCAUGCAAGCACUCUCACAGGGUCUUGUGCUUUUCAGCGCCUCAACUACAGGGUUAACGUCAGCCCUGUCAGCCUUAUUGUACACUUCUUCAUCAACCGGACUGUACGAAGCCUGCUCCAUUGCCGCUGUGGGAUUGAUGUACUCCUUGCGCCGGCAACAAGUCAAAUGGGAAACAGCGCGGUCAUCAUGGCAAGCCGAAGUUCGUGAAAAGGGGCGUACUGCGUUGAUUGAGACGGAGCAAGUGUUGCGACGACUGAUUCGGGAUGGGCCUUCUUUACGAAGGGACGAAAGUGCUGAAGAGCGAGCGAAGAUGGUUAUUGCUCGAGCGAGAAAGGCACUUGAGGACGUCCGAGGAAAAUAA